GAACAGUUCAGCAUUGCGUGUGAGUUUUCUCCGUGUUGAAAUAUUAGAAAUGGCAGAAACUGCUCCAGCACCAGCCGCUCCUGCUCCGGCUAAAGCUCCCAAGAAGAAAAGCGCAGCAAAGCCCAAGAAAUCGGGUCCCAGCGUGUCGGAGCUCAUCGUCAAGGCUGUGUCUGCCUCCAAGGAGCGCAGCGGGCUGUCUGUGGCGGCGCUCAAGAAGAUCCUGCAGGCCGGCGGCUACGAUGUGGAGAAGAACAACUCCCUCGUCAAUAGAGCCCUCAAGAGCCUGGUGACCAAGGAGACCCUGCUACAGACCAAGGGCACCGGCGCCUCGGGCUCCUUCAAGCUCAACAAAAAAGCAGCUGAAGCCAAGAAGAAGGCGGCCAAGAAGAAGGCAGCUCCAAAGAAACCAGCGGCAAAGAAAGCAGUUGUCAAGAAAACAACGAAAAAGGUUUCGGCAAAGAAAGCAGCGACACCCAAGAAGACUCCUACGAAAGCGAAGAAACCGAAAGCUGUAAAGAAGGCGCCCAAGAGCCCGAAGAAAGCGGCUGCCAAGCCUAAAAAGGUCGUGAAGAAGAGCCCGAAGAAAGCGAAGGCAGCGCCCAAACCUAAAAAGGUGACCAAGGCAGCUAAACCCGCAGCGAAGAAGGCGCCUCCUAAAAAGAAGUGAUCAGUUAAAGCGACCAUGCGACAGUGAACCCAAAGGCUCUUUUCAGAGCCAAAA